CAACAAAAGCAGCCACUUUGGUCCCUCACACAUUCUUAUGUUCGUGACACACGAGUCAACUCUGAUGAGUAUCGAAUGCUAUCGGCUGAAUGCAGCAUGAUACGGGGCUCUAAAAUUACUCGGCCACUGCGGAACCGCCGUUAUCACCAGAGGCGCGAAGAUGACUUUGUUUGGGGCCGACGGAGCUGUUUGAGG